GCCCAGCAUGGCCGCGGCGCUGCCGGCGCUGGUGCUGGGCGCGGGGCUGCUGGUGGCCGCCUGGCGCUGGCUGCGGGGCGCGGCGCGGCCCGGGCGUGGGGGCUCCAUGCGGGGCAAGACCGUCAUCAUCACCGGCGCCAACAGCGGGCUGGGCCGGGCGGCGGCGGCCGAGCUGCUGCGGAUGCGGGCCCGCGUCAUCAUGGGCUGCCGCGACCGGGCGCGGGCCGAGCGGGCGGCCCGCGAGAUCCGGGCCGAGGUGGGCGAGCGGGCGGACGGCGCUGGCGAGCUGGUGGUCCGCGAGCUGGACCUGGCUUCGCUCCGCUCCGUGCGCGCCUUCUGCCACCGCGUCCUGCAGGAAGAGUCAAGGCUGGAUGUUCUGAUAAAUAAUGCAGGGAUAUUCCAGUGUCCAUACAUGAAGACAGAGGAUGGUUUUGAGAUGCAAUUUGGUGUAAACCACUUGGGCCACUUCUUGCUCACCAACCUUCUUCUGGGCCUCCUCAAAAAUUCUGCCCCAAGCAGGAUUGUUGUAGUGUCCUCAAAGCUUUACAAAUAUGGAGAGAUCAACUUUGAAGACUUGAACAGUGAAAUAAGCUACAAUAAAAGCUUUUGUUACAGCCGAAGUAAACUGGCUAACAUAUUAUUUGCCAGGGAGCUGGCCCGUCGGUUGGAAGGGACAGGAGUCACCGUCAACUCCCUUCAUCCUGGGAUUGUCAGAACAAAUCUAGGCAGACAUGUGAAUAUUCCUUUGCUGGCCAAACCUCUGUUCAACUUAGUGUCAUGGGCUUUCUUCAAAACGCCUCUGGAAGGAGCCCAGACAUCUAUUUAUUUGGCCUCUUCUCCUGACGUCGAGGGUGUGUCAGGAAAGUAUUUUGGAGACUGUAAAGAGGAAGAACUACUGCCCAAAGCCAUGGAUGACUUGGUUGCAAGGAAACUGUGGGAUAUCAGUGAAGUGAUGGUUGGCUUACUGAAGUAAGUGCCAGGGGGUGUCUGCAAAAAAGAAUGCAGAUAGCUAUGCAGUGCAUUUUCACAACAGUGGAAUUCUCACUUUAAAUGCUGUGGGAAUACAGUGUAUUUUGCUCAGUAAGUACGAAAUAAGAGAGUGAUUUAUGUUGGAACUCUGUUUUGAAAUGAAAGACAAUCUUCAAUAGACACAGGCAUUCAGAAAAAAUCUGAAAUAAAAUUUGUGGGUGUGAAGAUAAUUUCUGGUGGUUAAAUCUGCUUAGAAACUUGUGUUUAACAAAUAAAAAGUAAGCAGAAAUGUGUUUUGCAAUAUAUAUGCAUAUUUGUCAUUACAUGUCUGGCUGGACAAUGCAGGGUACUGAUGGUGAAACACUUGUGUAAAAAAUUAUUUGAAAAUAAGUCUUAAUAAUAGUCUUUUUUUUUUUUUUUUAAGCCAUCAUAAUGACAAAUAGAAUAAAGAGUUUUCCUGAUAUCUUGCACUGUAAUGGUUGAGGCCUCUGAGUGCCUUUCAAAGGCUUGUCAGCCCCAUGGUUCAGUGAACAAAAUCGUUGAGCCGUGCACAGUUUUGUUGUGAAGCACAAAGACAGCUAUUUUUAGUGAUGUUGCUGCUAUUCAGCUUGUAAGUAUACUUGGUUGUGCAAGUUGUAUUUUUAUUUUCAUGUGUGUUGAAGUGCUGUUUCUUGAAACCUUGGGUUUUGUUAAAGGGGUAGUUGCAAAAUGUAUAAUGGUCUUGAUAGGACUUUGCAUGGCAUGAACUGUGUAAGACCUCAUGCAAAUUAGACUGAAGAGAAUAAGCUUCUCUGUGUGUUUGGCUUGACUGAUGGCACUUUAACUCAGUAACGAGGUUCCAUAAAUGUCUCAUACAGCUGACUGAAUAUUCUUUAAUAAAACCUUUUAAAAAGAAGACCUACCAUUCAUUCUUUUAUUGUGGGAGAUAUAUCAGAAACCAGCAGCCUUGAUAGAGUUGCCUUGUUUCAAAGCAGAAGAUUAACCCAUGUGUUGGUUUAGGGAGCCUGUGGUGUGGGGUUGGUAGAAAUAAAAUCCAGUGAAAUACA